UAAUUUAUUAUAUGAACACUUGUGCGUGCAUGACUGAAAAUAGGAUUAACUCGAAAUGAGGCUUAGAGAAUUUAGGGGAACCUUCAUCAAUACCUUACAAACAAAACAAGGUUACUCCAUUUACACUUUCUUUAGUUAUCUUUACACAUACUCUGACACAUUUUGAUGUUGUGUGUAAUCUCGCUUUUCAACUGAGAACCUAUCUAAUUUGGGAUGCAUCAUCAAUGAGCUGAUGGUGAAAAGAUACAAGGGAAGACGAAAAUGUCCAAGAGAAUCGGGAGUUUUAACCUCAACAGGUCUCGUAGACCCGAGGCCACUUACAUAGACUUCCCUCCGAGAUUGAACCUGGACAAACUUUCUACUCUGGUGUCGAGAGCGAAUUCUUGGCUGAUUGAGAACAAAGAAUGGGAAGUCAAGUCAUGUGAGACUGUUCCUUGUCCGGCUUCCAAAGAUGCCAUCAAUCCGUCUCGGGUGUUCAACUCGUUCUCCAGCCAGAAUGAAAUCGCUGCUGGAAUGUUGGCCAGACUGUCAGCAGACUUGGUUUCCAAACAAAAGACCGGACACAAGGUCAUCAGCAUUGAGUUGAUUCGCAAGGAAACCUCCAAGGACACAUCAGUGCUUGACGACUUGUUUGAACGAACACACAUCAGUUCCAGCAAUAGGACGAGACAAGACUUCAUGUUCACUGUCCGCGUGUACCUGGAUUCCCGGAAUGUGUCCGAGAGUUCCUUGUGGUCGGGCGUGGGGGUCAAGAUUUUCACUUUGCCCAGGCAAGGGGUUCAUCUGGCUGCUGGCACUCGCAAGUCCCUGCUGACCACGCUGGUGGCUGAGAAGGAGGACCUGAUGAAGCAGGUGGAGCAGUUUUGUGGCAGUAACAAGUCCCUGACUGCGAUCGGACUGCAAACCUUCCAGGUUCCAAGAUCCUUUGUGGAGUCCGGCAUGCCGUCGGCCUUCUACAAACGCACGGACGCCUCCAACGUGACCACACUCAUGCUCACCUACAUCAACCACCCGAAAGUCGGCCAGAGAGCCGACGGUCUCGGCGGCAUGUUGGACGCCACGUCCAACCAAAGCUUCUUCCAGUCCCUCACGGCCAGGGUGACCGGCGCCCUGCCGGCGACCCACCGCCAAUCGGGCGACCCGGGCCACAAUUUCCACAUCCGCAACCUAGUUCUGGCCCCCCGCGUCACCCCCGUGGCCGGGUUCUCCACUGCUGCGACGCACGGGUUCUAUGGGAUCUCGACUGUUGUCGACACUGGGGUCGGGCUCAAGCAGGAGCUGUUUGAGCGCUUUCGGAACCUUGGGAACGCUUCGGGCUCUGAGGCGCACUUUUUGGGCGCCGAGACAGUGGCGGUGGCGUUUCCGGCGGACAAGACAGAGUUUAGCGGACAGACUUUGUUGCAUGCGUACAGGUACUGUGUG